UAUCACAUGAUCCAGUAAAUGAAAGUACACACAGAUAAGAUACUGUCUCUAAUCCAGUGGUUCAAACAGUUUCUGGAGUCUGGUGUUUCUCUGAUUGGACACUGAGCUCAGGUCCAGUUCAGGAAGAGUCUGGACGGAUCCAGGAGCCAGGAUCAGUUCAGGAACCUGCUCUGAAACGAGUCGCCCUCACCAGCAUCUGCUUCAGUGUUUGUCAGACAGUGAGCGAGUCUUUCAGCUCAUCUGUGAUUCUCCAACAGCAAACAGAAGGUUUAUAUGACCGUUUUCAGAGAGGUGCAAGACCAUGGUGGAAACAUUAAAUGAAGAAGUCCAUCUGAGAGACUCUGGGUUCGGUCGACCCUGGCCCAGACACGGACUCAGACUCCUCUACUGGUUUGCCAAUGAAUGCAUUUCUUUUGACGAAGAGAACAACAUGCUCUCUGAAUGUGACCCAGCUGAGGGAGAUUUUGGUUUUCACUAUUUUGAGAACAGAUCCGACCAAAAUGGGAAAAAACUUCUCAAUGAGACAGAUUUUCCUUACUAUGUGGUUGGCAAUCUAAACGUAAAAAAAUAUCCAGGAUCUGAAGAUCUUCCUGAUUAUGUCUCAGCAGACAAAUAUACUGACGAGCACGACAGCAACACGGACCGCAUCAUUGUCAGUCUUGAUGAGGAGUGGUGGGGUGCUAAAAGGUUUCAUCAGGUUUAUGUGACUCAACACCAGGACCGAUCAAACUACGAUCCAGACGCCACUCACCGGAUCUCCAGAGGCCUUCUCAAGAUCAUCAGGAGUAUGAGUUUAGAGGACUUUCUGAAGAAGAUGGCUUAUUUCCCACCAACGCCUGACAUUAAUGACAGACCUCAAUCUCCAGACAGAGUCCGUCCUGAUCUCACAGUGGUCAGUGUAUCCUCCAGUGAUUCCUCUGAGAGUGAGACUCCUACGACACAGAAUAAUGACAUCAGAAUCCAGAUAGUUGAUGAUGACCCUCCUGCACAAAACCCCUCAGGGAACUUACCCUCAACAGGGGGAUUCUGGGAAACAUUCUGCACCAUUCUUUAA